GCCAGCUUCAGUUAGUUGAUUCUGUUCCCUGUGCCUCUUUGAGACUCAUAUCAGCUGUGCCACUGGGAUCAUGAAGACCUGGGCAUUUCUCUUCUUGGCAGGAGUUGUCUGCAGCCUGGCCUCCGGAUCUUUGUAUGGCCCUCCUGAUUCCUGCAAAGGGCGAUGUAAUGAGAAAUACAACCCAAGAGAUGUUUGCCACUGUAAUGGUAAAUGUGAAAAAUACCAGAACUGUUGUGAAGACUAUCGCAUUCAUUGCAGACAAACGAAUACAGAUGGCAAAGAAACAGGCACAGCAUCUGAUGGGGGAUUCUCCAGUAGUGAUGAUGCCAUCGCCAAUGAAGAACUGCAACAAGCAUCUGAGAAGCUUUACCAAAGCGACAGCAACAGAGCCGAGGAGUCUGACAUCAUCCUUAGCAAGCAACACUUCACUUCGAAGACUAAGGAGGAUAAGGACCAAUCUCCAGAACCACUCUUCAGCUAUGUCAAUCAAGAGAAGCUGUUCUCCAAGCCUACUUAUGCCAGUUUCAUUAAGCUGUUGGAUAAUUAUCAUAAAAAAGUAGGGACGGGGGAAGACUUCACUGGCGAGCAACUGAAGGAGCAGGAUAACUUCCUCAAGGAGGUCAUGAACACAGAAGUCAUGAAAGAGCUUUAUAGAUUCCUUCAUAACAAAAACCGUUAUGACACAGAAACAGAGUUUGUUGCUGACCUUAAGAAGAUGUGGUUUGGCCUUUAUUCCAGGGGCAAUGAUGACGGUGACUCCAGUGGCUUUGAGCAUGUGUUUAUAGGAGAAGUCAAGAAAGGAAAAGUAUCUGGAUUCCACAACUGGAUUCGUUUUUAUCUGCUGGAGAAACAGGAAAUAAUUAACUAUUUCAGCUACAACUAUGACGGCCCGUGGACCUCAUACCCAGAUGUGUUGGGAAUGCAGUUCAAUUGGGAUGGAUUUUACAAAGAGGUUGGGACAGCCUUCAUUGGAAGCAGCCCUGAAUUCGAAUUUGGCCUCUAUUCACUGUGUUUCAUUGCAAGGCCUGGGAAAAUAUGUCGCCUGAAAAUUGGGGGCCACAACCUGGGGAUCCAGACAUAUACUUGGGAUAAAUCCACCUAUGACAAUGGCAAAAAGUACUUAGCCACAGCUUAUGUGGUGUCCCCGUGAGGUUCCAAGAUCUGGAGUGUGAAAACAUCCUGAAUGGCCAGAUGCAAUCCACAUGAGGCAAACUGUGUUCAUCCGGGAGCCACUGUACACUGGACCUAUUGUUUCAUCUUUCAGUUCUGAUUUUUGUUGUUGGUUUGUUUGCCUAAGUCAUGUGGAAUAUGUGACUGGAACUCCAUCUGGCAGCUAUGGCAGAGAGCGCCAUUCAUGCACUGAAUAAUUCCCUGGCAGAGGUGACUCCAAAAUUUGCUUAAAACACAAUCUAAUGUGAAUUCAGGAAAAAUACCUGGGGAAUUACAAUGGAAAGUGAAACAAUUUUAGUAAUAAUAAUAAUUUUUUUAAAAACUGGAAAAAAUACAAGGAGCUUCUGAACUUUCCUAGGCUCUCACUAACAUAAUAACAUAAGACAAUCUCUGCUGGACCAGACCAAAGGCCCAUCUAGUCCAGCAUCCUGUUUUCACAGUAGCCAACCAGGUGCCUCGGGGAAGGCCAGAAGCAGGGCCUGAGCCCUCUCCCCAUUUGUGAUCCCCAGCAAUAGGUAUUCACAGGCAUAGCACCUCCGACACUGUUGGGAGUACACACCCAUCCUGCCUAGUAGCCACUGAUAACCUUAUCCUUCCAUCUAAAGCAAAAUCUGAGGUAAAAUGGAGGUUUCAAUGUGGGCAAAGCCUGUAAGAAAUUUCACAGGCAGCCAAAAUUAGUUUGAGAAGACUAGCAUUUCUCAGUAAGGGUGGCUCCAGGGUUGAGAGAGUCCUGGCAAAAUGCCCGCUCCCCAAUCUCUUUUUGGGUCCUGGCAGGCUUACCUAGCUGUGGUGGCACCCCUUCAAGCAACACUAAGCAGCUUGGGAUGGCCAUGUGUCCUACUUUAAAAGCAGUCCUCUAUUUCUGAAGGGCUUGUCGGAAGAUAGUCAUCUGUUUGAAAGGGGGCUGUCUGGUCCAAGUGCAGUAGAUAAAGAACCCUAAGAAUGGAGAUCAGGGGCCUUGAAGUUGCCAAUCAACAGUUGCUAUCUGGACAGCGAACUGAGCAGGCAGGCGCACAGGUCUCCUGGUCACAGUCUUCUUCAUUAUGAUCAGAUGAACUGAUUUUUCUAUUUAAAUGUUAGUAAUUGUUUCUAAAUUUGAACCUCUAUGUAAAAA